AUGUCGUCGACGUCGUUGCUGCUACUUGUUCUUCUACCGUUAACUUCUAGUCAACUGUUAGAAAUAUUCGGAUUAUCUACUGGUGAUGCCGGUACCGUAGAGCGACAGUCGGCCUUCCACGAUCUAGCUACUCAAUCUGUUGGACUCAUCAAUUACCUCCAGACGAUCCAACGCAAUCCCAACAAUCAAUUGGCGAAAAAAGUGAAUUUCAUGGAAGGAAUUCCAGUAGUGCCAGGAGUGAUGGGGAGUCUUCCUGGAGCAGGAUCUUGUCUACCUCGCGGUUCUCCUCUAGUCAGAGACAAGUCGCCGAGUCUGUUCCAGAAUAUGCUGCGUAACAUUCCUGGUGCUCAUGAUUACCUUUCAAGUUUACUGCCUGCGCCUUCAGUUGAUAUCGAUGCACUUCUCGGAAAAUAUCAAUGGGCAGUCGACACACCAUCCGCUCAUAAUCGUUUCUGUGCAACAACUGAAUUUCAAAGAAGUGCACAAGCUGGAAACUCGUCGUCAUUCAGUCUGCAGGAGAAAUUCAGGAUAAAUAGCGAGGAAGGAGGAGAAAAGGUCGCUUUUGGAUACGGAAUCAUCCAUAAAGACCGUACUUACGUGUACAUGCAAGAUGAUCCUUGCCCAUACCAAAUUGUAAUGGUGGGACCACGUAAGGGAGGAACAGGACAAUACGAAUACCUCGUUCUAUCGAAUUGGGCGCGUUAUCCACUAAUUGGACUGGUGCGAGACACUCGAGUAUUCCAUAACAGAUACAAGGAACAGCUGGAAGCUGACUUGGAGAAGGAAGGAUUUAUUAAUAGUUAUUCUGGGAAGUCGGCAAUACGGUAUACAGACUGGUCAAAAUGCAGGCCAGCCACACCAGUUAGCUAUAUCCAGAACGUUCUCAAUGAGCUGUUCGGAUAA